UUCCAUUUCAGGCAUUAGACAAUAAGGCUAUAACGAACGUUUGAGCCACAAUACUCGGAAAGGUUCGGGCACAGUUUUGCUGUUAAUGUUAGUCCUAUCAGAAUGUCCUACCAAAUUUUAUCAAAGCUUGGCGGUGGUGCAUUUGGACAAGUUUAUCGUUUAAGAGUACCGAACGGUAAUGAGUAUGCGCUUAAACUAAUUGCCCUGACUGAAAAGACGAAUUACAACCAAGCGAAAGCUGAGGCUGAGCUCAUGAUGAGGCUGUCACAUCCCUACAUCGUACAGUGCGGGCAGUACGCUUUUGUUGGUGACAACUUGGUGUGUCUGGUACUCGAGUACUGUGGGCGUGGCAACCUCACCAAUGCAAUCGUCAGUGUUGUACCAGAGCAGCAGGCUCUGCUGUGGUUUGCCCAGAUGGCUGAUGCCAUUACGUAUCUCCACGGGGAGAAGAUAAUGCACCGUGACAUAAAACCUGACAACAUUCUCCUGGGUGGAAACAGCAACAUUAAAGUUGGUGAUCUGGGCAUUGCUAGGGAGUAG